AUGAACGACAUAGGAUGCACUCUAUGGACAUGCUCAUCCAUUCUCAUCAACCGCGGACGGGGCUCCCAGUCGCAACUUGAACCCAACCUUGAUGCCGACGUCGCGCAUAAAGGUCACUUACUCUGCGCCAACAAACUUUCUCGCAUCAGAUCAGUGGAUUCAGAUAAGAACUGCACUCGACAAUCAUCUGCCGCUCAGAAACUCGAAUGGAGGAACAACGAUGGCGUCGUCCGAACGAUUCCUGAAAUGGAAGUCGAUCUAUUGUCCUUGGAGUCGCUGAGAGACGAGGGAUCCUCACAGAUUCCGUCGAGUUUACUCGACCGCCCGCUCAUGAACAUGUAUUUCUUUGCCUGCGAGGACAAUGAGACUUAUCGAACUACCUUCAAGAAACUGGUCAAGGACUGGCAAGCUACCAUCUCGUCAAAGCGUAAUCAAGAAUGGCUCGUCGUCUUGGUCGUUCGACCCGACUCUAGAGUAACAGGGACAUCCCGCAUCUUUUCUAUGCGUGCUCCUGUGCUCGACAAGGUCAAGGCGGACAUCAAUCUGGACAAACGAAGGGAUCGAUGCGUCGAACUUGCGUGGCCUGCUAGCACAGACGAUGUGACAGCAUGGUCCGACUUUAUUACUAAAAUGAAGGAAGGCCUUUUGGCAAGCUUUGACGCGGCAGUCACCUCAAGGCAGGAGGAGAUUGCCAAAUCCGAGUCGCAGCGAACUCUUCCAGGUUGGAACUUCUGCACAUAUUUCAUUUUGAAGGAAAGCUUGGCCAUUUCCUACGAGGGCGUUGGUCUCCUGGAGGACGCACUGCAGCAGUAUCGCGAGCUCGAGGCGUCAUUCUUUCAAGCACUCGAUGAGAAGAAUCUUCCAUGGUUUGGCAAUGUUGGUGGCACGACUGCUGGAGAUGAUUCGCGACCACUACUAGAUGUGCUCCAAAAGCCGUACCGGGAACUUAUUCUCAACAACACAGUCACUCUUUUCGACUUUCGCAUCUACCUGUUUGCGUGUCAGAUGAUUAUUCUCGCAAAGCAAGAGCGAGUCUUGGAAGUCAUUACACGUAGCCAUCAGUUUAUCAUUUCAUUCUCGCGAAGUUUGAGGGAGAACGAGCGGUCCCUUACCGUGUUCUUUCUGGAAUCGUGGAUAUACUCCGCUUCUCUCAGCAUCAUCGACCAAUGCGACCAAGCUUAUUCUAGAUUCACAAAGUUGCAUGAAGAUGCAACGUUUACGGCCAGUUAUGCCGCGAAGCGAGCAGAGUUGGCAGAGUUGGCGAGAAAUCAACUCGACAAAAUCGGUAUUCAUCUUGGGUUUCUACCAAACGCUCCGCCUUUUUCGCUCUCCUGGCAUUCUUCUACAGAAAGGAUUGAGCCGAGGUUUGCCAAAGGAGAAAGUAUGAGUAGCAAGAUUUCGAAUUCCGACCUUGUCGGCUGUCUUCGUGACCAAUCAGCAUUCGAUACUCUCUACGUUGCCAUCACCCAGCGCGCAAUUGAGUACUAUGCAGAUGGUCGUCGACGAAAGUUCGCCCUCAAACUUCAUGGCGAUUUGGCCGCUCUAGAUCAGUGCCGUGGCCAAAUACAAACCGCGUAUCAGACGUUUUCUUCUCUACCCGCCCAUUAUUCAACGUCAAAGCACAGGUGGCCACCUCUGGAAGCCUUUAUGCUCGCUCGCGCUUUAGACUCUCACACCCGCCUGGAGAAUGAGAAAGAUGGUGCUUGGCUUGAUACUGCCAUCGCUUUUCUGGGAGUAUGCGCCGAGGUCGAACAUAUUGGUGGACAGUAUGGUACACAAGACGAUGUGGAUAUUGUACUGGCGGGAUACGAACCAGAGACACCAAUCACACGUUCAUCAGAUGAAAGAAAGGAGUACUUCCUCUCGUUGUUUGCCAACAUUCGACGGGUCGCUGACAAGUCAAAUUCGGAGAUCCUCAAGUACAACCACCCGUCGUUUUUAGUCACUGUGACGAAUGGAAAUGCCGAGUUGUCAAAAGACCAAGAUGGCUCGACCCUGUCGAUCUCGAUUAGUAACUUUCUUCCAUGCAAUGUGGAAUUCGACCGAGUCGAGCUUCAACUCGCCGGGGAAGGAGACGAGACUCUAAUCUAUGUAACCGGUGCUGUAGUUUGUUAUCCUGGAACCACGUCGACGAGUCUCUUCUGCGGGGACUCUCAUCAAGGCGUUUUCAAUGUUGCCUCGGCCUCUCUGUGGCUUUCUAAAGUGCACUUCGAAUGGAAACCAUCUGCUUCGGAAUCUAAGGCUCCGAUGACGCCUCAGGUCGUUACUCCUCAAUCUGCUCAAGGGCUCCUCAAUUUCCCUCUACGUUGCACGGUCAACUGGUCCGUGUUCCCCUGGAUAAGGAGUCCCUGGACAUCAAAAUUUCUCUUCCGCGCUCCAGUACGUUGGCUCCAGGCGUUACCUACGCACACUCACAAUUCUCGAGUUCAAUGGGAUGCCGAGCCGGCCGUGAUGCUCGAGCUUCAUACAGGACGUAACGUGGUUCAAGAUGCCACCAUCGAUAUAUCCAGUCCACAAGGAGUGGUAUUCAGACCAGCCGAGGCAACGCUCUUAGAGGACUCGAUGGGAUCGGAAAGUUCAGCUGCAUUUUCGUUUUCUCCGAGUGGGAUGAUUGUCAGAAACUUGAAAUCACGACAAACUAUUUCCUUUACAAUACCACAUUCAUCUCCGCCGGCGGGUGUACCUUUGCACGUUGCCAUCAAAGUUUCCUAUCAAGUUGUCGACAUCAUUUCCGCCGAACCACAAUCUCGGCGAACCUUGAGGUUGUCCCAAAAGGUGCAAACCUCUCUUCCACUUCAAGUCAGCGUCAUGGACUCUUUCCGUGGCAAAACGCUGAUAUCCAAGUUCACGAUUUCUUCUACUUCCCAUCUCCAAGUUCGUGUGCUGGAGACAAAACUGGAAGGUGGAACGGGUUUGCGAAUUAGAUGCCCGAAACGAACUAGCAAGCAGCCGUCACUGAUUAUCACUGCCCAGCGACCAAUUCAUGCAAUCUACCAACUGACGUCUGAAGAGCCUCGCUAUGAGCGGGAGACCUUGUACCUCCACGUUACCUACCGAACACUAAAAGAAGAAAUUGAGAGGCGCCUCGACGACGAGGUAGCCUCUGUCUUUGGGGAAGACGACAUAAAUGGGCAACUAGCCAAGUCGUUCCUCAUCGCAGCUCUUGCUGCGAAUGCAAGCUGGGUUCAACUGUACCUUCAUUCGGGAGAAUUAGCUCUGUCUGCGCCAGCAGACGAUAAACUGGGUUCCGACUUUCGGCGAGGUUUGAACGAGGUACUCGAGCGUCUCAAAGUGCCGAGAGCGAUCGAUGGUGUUGAAGAGACGGUGAAAGGGUGGCAGCACCUGAUUAUUCCAGUCGAUCUGCCCUUUAUGCAUAUCCUAUGUGCGAUACAGAUCCAUAUCAACGCGGAUUUAGAUCUCAUCUACGCCGGUCAACCGGUGGGGGUGAGGAUAGAGAUUACAACAUCGUUUCACUGGGGAUCAAUACGUCAUAAUGAGUCGGAGGAUAUCGUCGAGUUCUCGAUGAGAUACUCCGUGCAAGAGCUUGUGACGGACUGGUUGGUGAGCGGGCACAAGCAAGGAGAUUUUCUCGCAGUGAAUGAUGGCUCUCAUUCUGUCGACCUUACACUUGUUCCGCUCCAUCAUGGCGAGUUGGCUUUGCCAACAAUCUCGGUCCUACCACUGGCUAUAGAUGGCCAGAGCAAGGCUGGCCAGCUUCCUUCGACGGAGACUUACCAUGUACACGCCGCUCAACGGAUCAUGGUACUCCCUCGAGGGGGACGCAGCACCUUUGUAGUUGGGAUGGGUGGUGAUAUGUAG